AUGGUAGUGGCGGGUGGGGUACAUAGUCGUUGUUGCCUGCCUUUAGGUUCGGGUUUGCUUGGCGGCGAUGGCGAUUCGUGGUCGGUCCUCACGUCGUCUUCCUCCUCCUCCUCCUCCUCCUCGUCGUUGGCACAUGUUCCGCAGCCGGUGUGGUGGGGUGUGACACGACGAAUAGAGCGCGUGCUGGGGCGCGCGAAGCGACGUUUUACGAGGACGAUCGACGACUACGGCUUCGUUCACCGAGGACACCGAAUGUGCGCUGUGCCGUGUAAUGCUUUGCUCCAGUUUUCCUCGUUGCCAUUGCCGUCCGUCAUGGAGCCAGCCGUCGUCGUCGUCGUCUUCGCCUUCGCCUUCGCCUACUGCCGCAUCUGUCUGUUUGUGUGUCCGUGGCCAUGUGACCAUGGACAUCUUGGCAGCUUCCGCUCUCUUCCAUUUCGAAACAUCGUUCGAAACCUCCUGUUGGUAUCUUAUCCUGCUGCUGUUCAAAAAUGGGCUCAUCCGCCGCUGACCGCUGCCAUCGUUGACCGGUUGCCGGAAGACAUGUGCCGGAAGGCAUGUGACCGCCACAGCGGUUUGUCGUCGUUGACCGUCACCCGCUCCAACACCACAUGCUUUCGUUCGACGGGGACCAUCGCAAAUCGGCUGUUUCUCGUUGUCCUGCUACUGCUGACGUUGAUGGACGUGUCGGACUGCAUUAGAAGCGCAGAUCUGACCGGUAAGUGUCUUGAAACGGCUAUUUAUUCGGUUUCGUUUUCUGUCUGUCCGACGUCGGCGUCGCAUCCAUGGAAUGCAACUGACAUCGACCGACCGACCGACUGA